ACAGCCGUGAAAGUGGUGGAGGCGGACAUUGUUGUGGUAACAGUCCAGCUCCAGAGGAUGAGCAAAGAUGGUGCAUUUAUUAUGAGCGGAUAAUGGGCGACACUGGAUUGUGAUUCAUUUUUGUUUUUAUACGGCAAGCCUAAUUAAUCGUUUGUAAAAUAAUAUUAAUAAUAAGCCUCUGCACCGUACGGACACUUCCUCCAGCCAUCGGGGAAGUGAGUUCAUUCAGCCGAGGCGAGUGGAGCACAGCCUGAUGAGACGAUGCCAGCGCCGUAAAAAUCACAACAUCUGCGGGGUGUGCAUCCGAGGCUGCUGGAUUAAGCCUCCGUGGAUCGACCGGGCCUUUAUACAGACAGUACAGAAAAGCCCACGGGGCGACUGUUGCCUUCAAAAUACUGCGAGAAGAGGUAAAAUAAGGACAGUUGUAUUCCUGGAGGCCUUUGGAGAACACAGCCUUCUGUUGAGAGGAUGACAGAUUGACAUUAAUUAGGGUUUGCGGUGCAUUUUCACACACGACCUCAUUAAGGCAUUAUCCACAGAGAACAGACAUUGACUUCAGCAUAAGAUCUGCUGUGGGACUGAAGUCGCAGGGCCUUGAAGAAAGCCAUCUAAAUAAAGAUAUCACAUGUUUCUGCCUUGAUUUGGCCUCCGGUGUUGUGGUGAUUGCAUACAUGACAUCUGGCAGAGACUGAAUAAAGAUGAAGACGAGGAUGUGACGACUCUGUGUUGGGCAUUGAAGUAUCGACACCUCGCCGUUUAUAAAAAAUAUUCUCAGGUACCCUGUAGGUGUUAGGUUUUAAUAGAAAAUGAGUAACGAAGGUGAAAUAAUAAAUAGUAGAGAACUGUCAAAAAUGUCUGACGAGGAUUUGCUGGCGUGCUCCAAAGAGGAGCUGGUGAGCCGGCUGCGUAAAGAGGAAUCAGAGAAAAUAUCAGCCCUCAUCCAGCGAGGACGGCUGAUAAAAGAGGUAAAUAAACAACUACAGGGACACCUCCUCGAAAUCAGGGAACUGAAAGUCAUCAAUCAGCGUCUGCAGGAGGAAAACGUGGAGCUGCGGGACCUGUGCUGCUUCCUGGACGACGACCGGCUCAAAGUGAAGAAGCUGGCCAGGGAAUGGCAACUAUUCGGUCACCACGCGGCCAAAGUGAUGCGGGAGGAUCUGGGCGGGUACUUGAAAAAGCUCGCCGACCUGGAGCGCAUGCAGGACGGGCUGGUGAAGGAGAAUUUGGACCUGAAGGAGCUGUGCCUGGUCCUGGAGGAGGAAUGUGUCAGCAGGAGUGACUCCAGCCCCGGCGGGUCCACCGAGCUCAACCUGCCCUGCAUGGUGGCCCGGGACCUGGGGGACGGAAGCUCCAGCACAGGCAGCGUGGGAAGUCCAGACCAACUUCACCUGGUGUGCUCACCUGAUGACUGAUGGCAGGUUUAUGUCAACUGUCAGGGCUUCUCCGACCUGAAUAAGGAAGCUGUAGACUACAGGGGUGAUGUGAUUGACAGAAUGGAGACACAGAAACUUUGUCAGACCAUACAAAUUAAAUUGGAGCAAAAGCAUUAGGGCCUUCUCAAUGCUGCAAAGAUUUGUGUGCCACUAGGUUUGGCUUGACAAAGACUCUUCACUGUAGACAUUUUCAGGACUUUACAAAGACAUUUAAUAAAUGUUUGCCAGAUGAUAAUGUAUCUAAAUUUUACAGUGUUUUUCUAAAGACUCGUCUGUUUUUGGGAAAUUCCUUUUUCAUUGGUCUGUUGUUGAAAAAAAAAAAUGGGACCAAAAAGUGGGUCACAUAUAUAAAUUUAUCUCAUGCACUGGACUAGCCUACACUGAUAGAAGCCUUUUUUCUAUUGCACUGGACAGCGUUAUCAUGGAUCUUUAAAUCACAGAUCUAAAGAUUCAUUUCAAUCCAGUUUUGAGCCAUAUUUAGUCCACUGAAUUCAAAUAGCACUGAAAUAGAUGAGUUGUGAUAAAAAAAAAAGAGAAAAGAAAAUAUGAAAUUAUUUGAUAUUUGCUUUUGCUAGAUGCCCAAUAACGUGUAAUAUUUUAUGCACUCUUCCUCAGGACAGGAUUGGAGUGCCAUAUGUGCAUGAUGAUUGUCACAAUUUGUACAGGCCUGUGAACCAGUCUGAUGUGAAGGCCCUUCAGGUUUACUGCGGGUGGGGCUGCUGUGCAUAAUGUAACGUGCUAGAGCCUGGGCAGAGCCAGCACACUUGUUAAGGUUUUGGAUCAUGAUACAUGAUAAAUGUCCUUGGACCUCACUCAGAGCUGAACUGAAUAAGUUCUGUCACUUUUUUAAAUCCAACUGGAAACUCUUUAUAUCAAACUGGAAGGUCUACAAGUUUGAAUGAUUUCUAUUCUAUUCUAUUCAAGCCAAGCUGUUUAAAUUCACUUGUCGGACAUUUUUCUUUAUUACAUUGUUGUUGAUGAUGUUCAAUUAGCAUAUCACAGAGUUUGUUUAAGUUGGACAAUGGUCAGCUUUCUCUUCUGUAACUCAUGCUUUGUAUUUACCCUGUGACAUUAGGGAUCUUAACUUUCUUAACUUUGACCCUUCUUUAUCUUGGUUUAUCUGUAUUAACUAGCAUUACUAACCGAUUUCAGUUUAAAUCAUAGAUAAUGCACAUGGAUUAGAAAAGAUUUAUUUUGUCGUUAGCUGUUUAUUGGUGGGCUAUGCUCGUAGUGCAUUGAAGAGCUUUAAAUACAGUGGCUAUGACACUU